GUGUCGGUUGGGGUUGAAGUGACUUUUUCUGUUUUCAUGAAACAAGGCUUUGGACGUUUCGUUGAAGAGUUCUUGGAAGUAAUAGUUACCGCCGUUGUUUGCUAGGCUAGCCUGCUGGGCCUGCCAGCGAUGGCUUCCUGUGGGCAGUUCGCAGGAAUGCUUUCCAGAACCCUGGCCGCUGGGCAGAACAAUUUCACUCAACAAGCCCGACGAUUUCUUUCCGUCCACGAGCAUUUCAGCUGGGGAUUAUUGCGGGACAAUGGAGUUCCUACUCCCCGAGGAGAGGUGGCCCGCUCUGCAGAAGAGGCGCAUAAAAUUGCCCAGGAUCUCAAUUGCAAGGAUAUGGUGGUGAAGGCGCAAGUUCUUGCCGGUGGUCGAGGCCUUGGUCAGUUCGACAGUGGCCUAAAGGGUGGCGUCAAAAUUGUCUAUUCGGCUGAUGAGGCAAAGGACAUGGCUGGCCAGAUGAUUGGACACACGCUAGUCACGAAACAGACCGGCGAGCGUGGUCGCAUCUGCGAGAAGGUCUUAGUUUGCGAGCGACUCUACUCGCGUAAAGAAUUCUACUUUGCACUCGUCAUGGACCGUGCGUUCAUGGGCCCUGCAAUUGUUGCCAGCUCAGAGGGUGGUAUGGACAUUGAAAAGGUGGCUGCCACCAACCCCGACGCUAUCAUCAAGGAGGGAGUCGAUAUCAAAGUUGGACUGACGGAAGAGCAGGCACGGCGAGUGGCCGGCAAGAUUGGCUUCGACGAGGCCAGCGUAGACCAGGCCGUUCAGGUUAUGAUGCGCCUGUACGAUCUCUUCUUAAAGCACGACGCGUCGCUGAUCGAAAUAAACCCGCUCUCCGAAGAGAGUUCUGGCAAAGUUAUCUGCAUGGAUGCAAAGAUCAACUUUGACGAUAACGCGCAUUACAGGCAGAAGGAGGUGUUUGGAUUCCGUGACUGGUCGCAGGAGGACGAUAGAGAAGUACGGGCAUCGAAAGCCGACCUGAACUACAUCGGUCUUGAUGGCAGUAUUGGUUGUCUCGUAAACGGUGCCGGUCUCGCCAUGGCAACCAUGGAUAUCAUCAAGCUGCACGGCGGUGCUCCCGCUAACUUUCUCGACGUGGGCGGUGGAGCAACGGCACAGCAGGUCACGGAAGCAUUCAAGAUCAUCAGCGAGGAUCCAAAGGUCACUGCGGUGUUGGUGAACAUCUUUGGCGGUAUCAUGCGCUGCGACAUCAUCGCCAAGGGAAUCAUUCAAGCGGCGACAUCACUGCAGCUCAACAUCCCACUAGUCGUGCGGUUGCAGGGAACGCGAGUAGAGGACGCCAAGGCGCUCAUUGCACACAGUGGCCUGCGAAUCCUACCCGUAGAUGACUUGGACGAGGCAGCAAAAAUGGUGGUGCGACUUAGUAAUAUUGUUUCGCUGGCGAAGGAAUCAUCAGUCGAUGUCUCGUUCUCCUUUCCAAUUUAGUUGAUGUAGUCGACUUUGUUUGUAGAUUUUCAGACCUUAUACUUUGUUCAAGUCCAUUGGCUAUGUUGUCUCUCAUGUUUGAAUCAAUUUGAAUACUCGACUCUGUCUGUGCACCUAAAUAUUAAUUAAUGAAUCCUUCACAUGUGUUUGUCGAUCCCCAGAAUAUACCCUCGUGCCACGAUCAA